GUCACUAGUUGGAUGCAAUGUUUGAAGUGCCGACUCGACUUGCAUUUGCUGUUCCUCCAUUGCUCCUGCUCAAAGUUGCUUGUUUUUCCCGAUUGCCUCGGCCUGCCUUUGGGGGUAGGAGUGGCCACUUCGCAUCAACGCCUUUUGCCUACAUCGACACGCUUGGCAGUCAAUCUAUUCUUUCAUGACUAUCUUGGACUGCUGCCAAAACCCAAAGCCCUUCAGUGUCGGUUGCCACAACAUUCGCUACGCAACAUGGGUGCCGCUCACACCAGACCAGAGACUCCACCAUUGGCUCCACAACUCAACUAUAGCAUACCACAACAUCGACGAAGCGCAUCUUCCAUCACUGGCAGCCGCUCCCGCAUCUCAAGCACAUGUCCGACGCCCCCGGUCCUCCAGGCCCGCGACUACGACGACGACUGCCGAGUGCUCCGUCGGACUCUGGGGGCGGUCCACAAACUAUGCAAGAACAAACCGCGACAGAUCGAAGCCAUCUCCCAGUCUCUGGGUAGAGCGUCCGGUCGCGACGGGCCCGAUGGCGGGUUGGCCAUGUACGUCCUCAACUUCGACAACUCGGUGACGGCGCUCUACCGGAUUUUGUCGUACCACACGCAUGUGCUCCACACAAACAAGCCGCCUCUGGACGUGCACGAGUUCUCAGACGACCUGGGCAAGUUGGCCGUGGACAUCGAACGAUGGGGGAAGGAGUUCAACGGUCUCGUCUUUCCAGGUCUGGCACCCGCAAACUCUGGGAAGAAAGGUCAACGAGAGCUUCGUGGCGAGGCCAGGGCGUUGGGUGAUCGGUGUUUCAAGGCUGCGGGUAAAUUGGAUGCUUUGGUCUGUUUGGAUGAUAUGCUCACCACCGAGACACUGCUGGGUCGUCUGGCCAGGCUGCCUAACUCGCAGUCUGUGAUGUCCGCGAGAAUGCAUAGCAGGACCCCGUCGCCUGUGCCUUCGAACGCCACCGCCGCGUCAGGCGUGCCGUUUGGCAGUGCCAGUGCGUCGAAUGGGAGAGGUUCAACUCCGCCUAAUGGGCAGAGUGGAUCGACGAACUCGGGGGAUUCAGGAAGGGGUGCUGGCCCCGUUGGAGUGGCAUAGCUGGGGAUUAUGGUGUCGUGGUACGGGCAGCAUAUGGGCUGCAAUGGACUUUUCGCCUGGUUUGACCCUGGUAGGCCAAUGCGUUUCGAACUCGGACCGGGACAGGACGGCGAUGGCUAGGGGUUGAUAGUAGAAGUUGCAUUAGCAGACAGGGAUAGAUUAGAUAGGCGACGAAUUGAAUUCAUUUCGAAUCUCGAA